CAAAAACCCCAUGUCGAUUGUACUUUCAAAACUGUGAGCUCUGACUGAAGGAAACCAAAAAUGGCAGCUAGUGGAACUACCGGCCUAAGCAGGAAGCAAUUGAUAGCUUUAGCACUAUGCAAACACUUUGCCAUCGAUCCUAAAACAUUCCCAGAAAACAUUGCAGAAGUUGAAACUGUGAGCGCAUACUUGACCAUCUUGAAGUCAGCCAAAAAGGACCCAGAGAAAGUGAAUAAUGAGGUGCUUAAAUGGAUCAAAUAUGCAGAGGGGUUUCCUACUGAUCCCCAGGCAUGCAUUGGAGCUCUGAAAGAGUUAAAUGAAGCCUUGCUUGACAGGAGUGUGCUUCUGGGUAACGGGUUCACACCUUCGGAGGCCGAUGCUUGUGUGUUUGUUGCUGUGCAUGCUUCUGUGAUUGGCUUUUCAGAUUCAGAUAAGAAAAAGUUUCAGAAUGUAUUCAGAUGGGCGACUUAUAUCCAGCACAAAGUGGAUUUUGGAAACAUUCUCGAGAAGAUAGUGGAAGAGGAAGUUGAAUUUGAUUUCCAGAAGUUAGAAGCUUUGCUGAAACCAAAAUGUGCAGCUAAGGAGGAAGUAGAUUCAAUUGCAAAGAAGACCGUGCAUAGCACAAAAAGUGCUGUCAAUCCAGAAGCAGGCCCAAGCACGAAGAAAAGUGACACAGGGACAAAGACUACAGGAGAUAAAAAAGCAACUCAAGAGAAGAAAAAAGCACCAGAGGUAGAUGCAGUUGAGAAAGAUAAAGAACUUAGUGUCAGUUUAUUGAACAUACAGGUUGGCCUCAUUCAAAAAGCUUGGAAGCAUCCAUCUGCUGACAGCUUACUAGUUGAGGAGAUAGAUGUGGGAGAGGCUAAGUUGCGGCAAGUAGUAAGCGGCCUGGCAAAGUUUUGCAGUCCAGAAGAAUUGACGAACCGUCGUGUUGUGCUGAUUACAAAUGUGAAGCCUGGGAAAUUACGUGAUGUGAUGUCAGAAGGACUGGUACUGUGUGCUUCUAGUGCAGAUCACACUAUUGUAGAGCCUUUACUCCCCCCAGAAGGGUCCAAAAUCGGGGAGCGUAUCUUAUUUUCUGGGAUUGAUGGAAAGCCAGAAGAUGUCCUCAACCCCAAAAAGAAGCAGUUGGAUAAGAUUACACCGCAUCUCUUCACUGAUGACAAAGGUGUUGCUACAUUCAAGGGUAUUCCUUUCAUGACAUCUGCUGGGCCUUGCACAUCAAUUUCCAAAGGAGCUGUCAAGUGAUGAUCUUUAUCCCAAUACAAACAAUGUAGCUCACUGAUAAGCAUUUUGAACUCGUUAUUUGAUGACCAGAUAUAUUACUAAAAAUCUCAAAUGCAGUAAGUUUAUGUUUUUAAUGUGUUCGUUUGGCAUUUUGUCCUA